AUGGUUCUCACAAACACCAUCCCGCUCGCCCAGCAGGUAGACAUCCUGCAAGAAGCCAACACAGGAUCCCGGGAACCUCUCCCGCAAUCCAGACAGCUGACCGUCGACCUGCCACCCUCCAGCACAUCCGAUCAAGCCGGCGCAGAUUCCAUACGGAUCAACCAUGGCAGCACGGAGGGAGCCCUGGUCAUCGAGCUCAACCGCACCAUCCGGGUCCCGGACAACAAGGACACCAACAUGCUGCCGCCCGGCCUGGGCCACUUCCCGCUCUUCAAGGUGCAGGACUACGCGUCGCGCAUGCCGGACGACAUGGCGGCCAAGGGCGGACUGUUCUUCCCCAUGUACCAGCGCGAGGCCAUGUGGAUCAACUUCCGGGCGCGGGCGCCGUUCGCGCUCAAGAUCUACGUGGGCGGCGUCAACGCCGUGUCGGGUCUGCCGAUGGAGGAGAACGAGCGGACGCAGCAGAAGCGCCUGCGCAUGCUGAAGGACGGCAAGCCCAUCCAGGACUACAUGGUCGUGCCGGGCCAGCGCUGGCUGGACGGCAUCGUCAGCGAGGACGGCAAGAUCCGCCAGUUCGUCGCCAAGCCCAAGGGCUCCGGCUUCUCGGUCGAAGUCCAGGUCACGGGCGAGGAGAAGGUCGGCGGCAUCCAGGUUGAGGUCAUCCCCGUCAAGUACGAGGUCCCGGAGGAAGUGGACGUGCGGUACGAGAACAAGAAGCACCAGGUCAUCAAGAGAACCCUGAACUUUGCCGCAAAGGGGUUGGAUGCGCAGAGCAGUCUAUUCGACCUGAGAAAGGUGCUGCGGGAUGAAUUCGACGUCGCCAUCCAGGACCAACACCUUGAGGUGCAACCCUACGACCCGCAAAUUCAAGGUGACAUCAGUACCAUGGGAGACUCGGCCAAGACGGUCAAGCUAGGCGGGCUUUACCUCAAGUCCAGUUCCCUCUUGAGGCUCUCCCAUGUCGAACCGAUUGCCCCGGCCGGCCAAUUCAGGACCAUGGCUUCCAUGCAGAGCAUGCCAUUCGCUGGGGCGAUGCUCGCAUCCGCACCACCUCCCGCGGCACCAAUGAUGAAAUGCGCAAUGACUUCGUCCUCCGGCUUCGGCGCCGGCGCCGGCGCCGGCAAUCCCUUUUCCCCCGUGGCCAGGGAUCGAAGGUCGGCACCUCGCGGCGCCGCCCCGAAGCGCCGGGUCAAGGAGCUGGGCCUGGCGGCGGGCGGGCUGAUCCAGCAGACGAUCGAGCCGGACCCGCACCCGGCGGGCGUGUGGGACACGGCGGCGGCGAUCCUGCUCAACCUGCAGAUCCUGGACUCGGAGGCGUUCGCCGAGGUGACGGGCGCGCCGCCGCCGCCGACGCCCAUCGACGCCCAGACGUACGCCACCCACGGCUUCCCCUUCUUCGAGGUCUGGGGCGAGGAGAAGACGGGCGUCCGGGGCGACUUUGGCGAGGUCCGCAGCGUCGCGCAGAUCGAGGCGGCCCAGGCCCGCGAGAGGGGCGAAACCGCCGAGGACGAAGAGCCGAGCGUGCCGCAGAAGGUGCGCGUCAUUGGCAGGUUCACGACGACGUUCCGGCCCGUCGAGGUGCUGAAGAAGGAGCUGGAGGGCUUGAAAUUGGAUGAGUGA